AUGGCUCCCGGACGGACAGUCAAGCGGAGGCGCGUGAGUCCUCCCGGCGAUGAGGAGCAUGUCUCCUCGCGGCCUUCCCAGAACGAUUUCUACAAUCAAGCCGCCGAAUGGGAUCUCGAACAAGACUACGAGCGGCGUCCCCGCAAGAUGAACAAGAAGGAUAAGGAGCGCACUCGCCUGCCCAUCAAGACCUCCGAGGGCUUCCAGAAUGUGGACGAACCCGAGCCCGAGGCGGACGACGAAUCGGAUAGUUUUCUUGGGACCGACGACGACGAAGACGAGGACGGCGAAGGCGACGAUAACGAGGCAGAAGUCGAGGCAGAGAAGGCCCCCAAAAUCCCAUUGAAACAGCAGAUCAUCCAGACAAAGGAAGAACUCGCGCGACUGGCCACGCUCAUCAACGAAGACCCCGAGGAAAACCUCUCCUGUUUCAAAUCCAUGGCGCAGAUGGUGCAGAGCGCCAACCACGUCGCCAUCCAGAAACUCGCCCUCGCCGCGCAGGCCGCCGUCUACAAGGACGUCAUCCCCGGCUACCGUAUCCGCCCGCUCAGCGACGAAGACAUGUCCGCCAAGCUGUCCAAGGAAGUGCGCAAGCUGCGCACUUACGAGCAGACCCUCCUGUCCGGAUACAAACACUACGUCGAGAAGCUGGUCGAGCUGACCAAGCCGUCGAAGAAUAAGGAGAACGAGGUAGACCCCGGGCUGAAGAGCAUCGCCACCAACUGCGCGUGCAACCUGCUCCUCUCCGUACCGCACUUCAACUUCCGCCACGAGCUGCUCAAGAUCCUCGUCAACCGGCUCGCCCGACGCCAGGUCGAUGCCGACUUUAUCAAGUGCCGCGAGACCAUGGAGACCAUCUUUAGGCGCGACGACGACGGCAUCGUCUCCCUCGAGGCCGUCCGCCUCCUGUCCAAGAUGAUGAAGGCGAAGGAGUUCCGCAUCCACGACACCGUCCUCGACACCUUCCUCCACCUCCGGCUGCUCUCCGAGUUCUCCAUGAAGGGCUCCCGCGACCGCAUCGACCGCGAGGAGCCUGAGCCGCCCGUGCGCGGCAAGAAGAAGCAGAAGAAGGAGUUCCGCACCAAGCGCGAGCGCAAGGUCGAGAAGGAGCGCAAGGCCGUUGAGAAGGACAUGAAGGAAGCGGACGCGCUGGUGUCCCACGAGGAGCGCGACAAGAACCAGGCCGAGACGCUCAAGCUCGUCUUCGGCGUCUACUUCCGCAUCCUGAAACUGCGCAUCCCGGCCCUCAUGGGCCCCGUCCUCGAAGGCCUGGCCAAAUACGCCCAUCUCAUCAACCAGGAUUUCUUCGGCGACCUGCUCGAAGCCAUGAAGGACCUGAUCGGCCACGCGGAACGGGCCGAAUUCGGCGACGCCGCGGACGAUGACGCCGCGGAGAACCCCGACGACGAGGAGGAACAGGUGUCGGACGCGACAGUGCGCGAUGCUCAGCGCGAGGCGCUCCUCUGCACGGUCACCGCCUUCGCCCUCCUCGAGGGCCAAGACGCCAGCAAGGCCGCCGCCACGCUGCACCUCGACCUGAGCUUCUUCAUCCAGCACCUCUACCGCUCGUUAUACUCGCACGCGCUGAACCCGGACGUGGAAUACAAUCCCAGCAAAUCGCUGCGGCUGCCGGAUCCCAACGCCUCCGACGCCAUGGCCGACCGCAUGGCCGCCCGCCGUAAGGUGAACUUUCAGACUCCGACGGUACUCCUGCUGCGGUGUCUGCAGUCGACGCUCCUCUCGCGCGCGCACGGUCUUCCGCCGCCCGUGCGCGUCGGCAGCUUCGCCAGGCGGCUGAUGACGACGUCGCUGCAGGUGCCGGAGAAGUCCGCCAUCGCGACGCUGUCGCUGCUGAGCCAGGUGGCCAAGUUCCAUGCGCGUCGGAUCGCUCCGCUGUGGCAUAGCGAGGAGCGCAAGGGUGACGGCGUGUUCAAUCCGUUUGCGAUGGAGAUCGACACGACGAAUGUGUUUGCGGGGACGGUCUGGGAGGGGGAGUUGCUGCGGCAGCAUUACUGUCCGCAGGUGCGCGAGGCCGUGUUGGAUAUCGAGAAGAUGAUGAUGUCGACGAGUAAUUAG